UUUUUGUAGAAUGAUCUCGUUUUAGGAACCGACAUAAUCCACGCGGUUCUUCGCGGUUCUUGGUUUCGCGAAAUUUCCCCUCGUCCCAAGCUCUCUCGGGACUCUUCUGAGCCUCCCGUUAGAACUUGUUUGACCAGCCGCUGCACUUGAAAUUCAAUAUGGCGGCCGCGAAGUUGUCUUUGUUAGUGCUUGGAAUAUUAGUUCAUAUUAUCUAUCUAGCCUCUAUUUUCGAUAUUUAUUUUACUUCUCCUCUUGUUCAUGGUAUGACGCCUUAUAAAUCAACUCUCAAACCUCCAGCAAAAAGGCUGGUUCUGUUUGUUGCUGACGGGUUGAGAGCGGACAAAUUCUAUGAACUUGAUCAACACGGAAAAACUCGCGCGCCGUAUCUCAGAAGUUUGAUCGAGAAAAAAGGCAGCUGGGGCGUGUCACACACACGAGUUCCUACAGAAUCUCGGCCUGGACAUGUUGCUCUUAUCGCUGGAUUUUAUGAGGAUGUUAGCGCUGUGGCGAAAGGUUGGAAAGAAAACCCAGUAGAGUUUGACUCUACCUUCAAUCAAAGCCGUUACACAUGGGCAUGGGGAAGCCCUGAUAUCCUGCCAAUGUUUGCCAAAGGAGCCAGCGGGAGCCAUGUCUUUACCUCUAUGUAUAAGAAUGUGGAAGAAGACUUUGGAAAUGAAGAUGCCUCUAAACUCGACACUUGGGUAUUUAAUGAAGUCAGAGGAUUCUUAGGUUCUGCAAGGAAAAAUAAGACUUUGAAGAGAAUGCUUCAUGAAGGGCAAAUUGUGUUUUUUCUUCAUCUUUUAGGAAUUGACACCAAUGGUCAUGCCCACAGACCUACAUCACAAGAAUAUGUCAGGAAUAUUGCUGUGGUUGAUGAGGGAAUAAAAGAAAUGGAGGAAUUAAUUGAAGAAUUUUAUGACCAUGAUGGUCAAACAGCAUAUGUAAUGACAGCUGAUCAUGGUAUGACCAACUGGGGGUCACAUGGUGCAGGGCAUGCUCAUGAGACUCUAACGCCAUUAGUAGCUUGGGGAGCUGGUGUACGUGGACCCAUGAUACCCAUUCAUGGUGCUGAUAUUCCAGAUGAAACAAGAGAAUGGAACCUUGCUUGGCUAAGAAGAACAGAUGUCAAUCAAGCUGACAUUGCACCACUGAUGACUUCCUUGAUUGGUGUACCAUUCCCUCUGAACUCUGUAGGCAUUUUACCAGUGGAAUAUCUGAACAACACUGAACAGUACAUUGCAGAAAACCUCUUUAUGAAUUCACAACAAAUUCUUGCUCAGUACAAUGUCAAAGAAUUGUUCAGAAAAGAAACAUCUCUGUGGUUUUGGCCUUUUACUUUGUUAGCAGGUGCAAAGAAAACGGGAAUGAUUCGAGACAUAAAAGAGUUCAUGCGAGCCAGGAAGUACAAUGAAGCUGUUACGCUCAGCAGAGAUCUCAUAAAGCUUGCGUUGCAAGGACUCAAUUACUACCAGAACUACGACAGAGUGUUCUUGAAUGUAGUGGUCACUCUUGGCUUUUUGGGAUGGAUAUUUUGCAUUGUGCUUCAGAUUAUCGACGAGCAUAGCGACGUCAUGAAGGAGGCGUCCAAACUCAACAAGGAAGACUGCCAUCCGUUGAUAAAAAUCUCAUUAGUAGACAGCACAUCUUGUGUCUUCGCUCUUCUUGUCAUUCUUUUGUUGUUGAUUCAGAAGGCGCCGUGGAUGUAUUAUAGUUACUGUUUGAUGCCGUUGGUGUUUUGGAACCGCAUUGGAAAGCGACUGCACGUGAUUUAUGCUGCAUUGGAUUAUAUCCGUGUAAAACAGUUGCGACGUAGAGUGUUGUUUACAGUCUUGUUUGGUGCGUUUUCGUUAGAGAUUCUAGUGAUGAGCUUCUUCAGGCGAGAGAUUCUCUCCGUUGGUCUUGUGUGCCUUGCGUUGUGGCCAUUUGCCACCCCGCUGUACUCCAACUGUAGGUGGUCAAUGAUGUGUUGGACGAUCCUUAGCUUUGCUCUCUCUGUGUUUCCUGUUCUUCCCGUGGUCGGACGCGAGGCCAACUACUUCUUAGUAACCCUGGCAGGAGUUUUAACUUUGGCCGCUUUUGCCUCUCUGUUGGUUUAUGCCAGUAACAUUUCACAGCUACUCAAGACGGAAAUAACCAAAUCUUUUCAAAUACUUCUAUCUCAAGCGCUUCUUAUAGGCUUUGCGGUUUACAUUGUUAACAGUACAGCGUCAAAUCUGCAGCGAAAACUUGGUCUUCCAGUGCUGAACCAACUUGGAAGUUGGACGAUUUUCCUCUCGUCGUUUUUGCUUCCCCUGAUCAACUCCAGCAAUUUGACCAUCAGAUUGUCAAGCAUCGCCAUCGCGUUUUCCUCAGUAUAUCUAUUGAUGAGCACUGCUUACGAAGGCUUGUUUCUGUUAGUCCUCUCGCUGUUGAUGGGGGCGUGGCUGCUGUCCGAACAUAAACUUUCUGGCAAAACUCUUAACACGUUAUUAGAAACACAACUAAGCAGUGAUGAUGCCACAAAGACCCACCAACCGGCAUGGAAGGUUCUAACUAAAGGCAUCGAUACACAGCUCAUUAGAAAGCUCACUUUGGAAGACCUUCGUUGCGCUUAUUUCUUUGUCUUCUUCAUUGUUGUGGCGUUCUUUGGAACGGGUAACAUUGCAAGCAUUAACAGUUUUGACCCUGCCUCCGUUUACUGUUUUUUAACAGUAUUUUCACCAUUUGUCAUGGGCAGUCUGCUACUCUGUAAAGUCCUUAUUCCCUUUGUGAUUGUAGCGUGCGCGUUCGACGCUAUACACGUGGUUUUAUCGAUACCAGUUCAAAGCCUUGUGUUGAUAGUGCUUGUCAUGACGGAUCUAAUGGGACUGCACUUCUUUUAUCUGGUACAAGAUAGCGGCAGCUGGCUCGAUAUCGGAACAAGCAUAAGUCAUUAUGUGAUUAUGAUGGCGUUCAUUAUCUUCUUGCUCCCUAUAUUCGGUUUAGCAAGACUCUUUACCGGCGCCUCUUUAUCAUUAAGGACGAGCAAGAAGAAAGCUUAACAGAGACAGUGUGUUAAGGACAUGUUACGCGAAGCAUUUUUUUCUUGCCGCUUGCAACACAACAAACGUUUCUUUGCUUGAAACCUGCAAGUUUUUCGUUGCAAGUUGCAAGAAAAGUCGAGCUAUGUAAUUAUCGAAAUUAUUUCAGGAAAUUGCUGGGUGUGGCACUCGUGUAGUUUUCUUCAGUCGUCAGCAUUGUAAUUUAUUUCCUAGGAAGAUAUUAAUCACAGUUAUAUUUAUAAUGGCUCAAAAAUUGCCACUGGUUGUAUUUCUCUCUAUCAUAAAUAAAUAAAUAUAAUCAAAUGCUGAUCAUCAAUGCUGUUUGCUUGUAUAGAAAACUUCGUGUAAAGACGAACAACACGUGACCGGUGUCAUGUGAUUACAGAAGAGUAGUGGUUUUGGCCAUAAGGUAGUGGCGUACGUUUUCAUCAAAGUAACAUCAAUUAUAGAAUGUUUGAAAUUCCUAGUUUGCCGCUGCUAGCUAGCUGUAUCAUGGCCGCGUUAAUGUUUGCAUGUGUCCCAUGCCACAACGCCUGUAAAGAUUGGUUUCGCUUUUGUGUUUGACUUUUCUUACUUUACGCUUCCC